AUGGUUACUCUUUUAUAUUCGUAUUUUUUAGAUAAUUUAAAUAGAUUAUAUAUUCCUGAUAAUGUUAAACAGCGAAUCAAAUUAUUAUAUCAUACUAGUAUAGAUGUUCUUACUAUUCAUAUUAUUUUAAAAGAAGAAUUUGAUGAUUAUAUUACAUGA